AUCAUGUUUGAAACCAGAGCAGAGCUAGAAACACCUCUCAGUUGUGUGUCCUUAAUCUCAGAGCUUAGUUCAGGUUCAAAGACCUCAGUAAAUAUCUGACCCUAAGAUACAGAUGGAUCUUUUGGAGCUUAGUACAAAAAGAUCCUAAAUAUAUAUAUUUCACAAGUGGCCUCAAUAUAAUUUGACCUUUCUUUACAAGUGGUUGAGUAAUCUAUAACCAAUAAUCAAGAAUCGACAGAAACUACCAUGUCAUCGGAUUUUCAGAGAGUUGUUAAAAUCUGGUCCAUGGCUUACUAUCGAUCUAGAGUCGUAUAUGUUCACAAGUCAUAACACAAGCACUGAGAAGCUUGAGCCUUGAGCUAUAGAUCCAAUGGCUCCCAAUUACAACCAUGUCAUCAAGUGCAUUCCAAUCUACAAAGCAGCAAUAGACGACGACUGGGAGAAAGCAAGGCACAUUUUUGAAGAAGAAAAGAUAGAAUUUGAUGCGCAUAUCACGUACUGGAAAGAGACAGCUCUGCACAUAGCGGUGGGAACCAACAGUUCUCACCGCUUUGUAGAGCAGUUGGUGGAGCAGAUGAAGCUAAAAAAUCCACAGAUGUUGCUGACUGUUAACUGGGCUGGGAGUAAUCCGCUUCUUUAUGCUGCCAAGGUGGGGAAUAUGCGAGGGGCAGAGCUUUUGGUAGGCCUAAACCCGGAGAUUACUCAGCUCAGUAACAACUCUGGGGAGAACGCCUUGGAGGCGGCAGCAAAUCAUGGGCGGAGAGACAUACUGUUGUACUUGCUGCACAACACGAAAGAUGUCGUUGGAGAGGACGGACGUAGUCCUUUUCGAGGAGCACAUGGUGCUGAUCUUCUCGCCUUUUGCAUCUUGAGUGAUUUUUAUGAUAUUGCUCUGUAUUUAGUAAAAGAGUACCCAGCCAUUGUGACAGAGAAAAGUAAGAGCAAUUACCAGCAGACCAGCUUACAAAUACUAGCAGCAAAAAGUAAGGCUUUUCGAAGUGGAAGUAGUUAUGGAUUUUGGCAAGGAAUCAUCUACUCAUGGAUCCCUGUUAAUCGCGAGAAAGCAUUGGAGUCUCCUGUCAAGGGAACAUUUCAACAGAGCACACCCCAGAACCCAAUUAAAGCAAGCUAUGAUUUAAAGAAUUCUAUUUGGAGGGUACUUCAGUCCUUAGCACCGCAUAUUAAGCAGAUCCAUGACAACAAAGUAAGGCACAUACAGGCAGAGGAACUAGUUAAACAAAUGUGCUCAGCUGUUAUAGACAAGGUGGAACACGGAGCUACUUGGAAUUUAUUCGGAAAGGCAAUAAUAACAGCAGUAGAACAUGGCAUUCAUGAGCUUAUAGAAGAGUGCAUCAAUCAGUAUCCAGGCAUCGUCUGGUAUGAAAUCAAUGGAUUCUACUUGUUCUCAUUGGCUGUCAAGCACCGACAGGAAAAAGUGUACAACCUUUUAUAUCAAAUGUCAGGGCAUAAGGCGUACGUGGUGGCAGAUAAACAAAAUGGAGAGAAUUCACUGCAUUACGCUGGAAAGCUAGCGCCUCCACAUCGCCUCAAUACAGUCACUGGUGCGGCUUUGCAAAUGCAACGCGAGCUUCAGUGGUUCAAGGAAGUUGAAAAGCUCGUGAAACAUUCACACAAAGAAGCCGUAAACACUGAACACAAUACACCAAGAAUGGUAUUCACUCUUGAACACAAGGAGCUCCUUAAAGAAGGACAAGAAUGGAUGAAGAGUACAUCAUCAUCAGCCACGGUAGUAGCAGCUCUUUUUGUUACUAUGGCAUUUGCAGCCAUAUUUACAGCGCCUGGAGGAAACAGCGAUGCUGGAAAACCACUAUUCUUACGCGAUCCAGUCUUCAUUCUCUUUGUAAUAUCAGACGCAGUUGCAUUAUUCUCUUCAUCAACCUCUGUGCUGGUGUUUUUGUCUGUACUCAGUUCACGUUUUGCAGAAGAGGAUUUUUUAUAUGCUUUACCAAAGAGAUUGACACUCGGACUAAUGUCGUUAUUCAUAGCAAUAGCGGCCACAAUGAUUGCCUUUGGCGCGGCACUUUCACUUGUGAUAGGUAACGAAGUACAUUCGAUCACUGCUCCUGUAAUUUUACUGGCUGCCAUUCCGGUAACAUUGUUUUUAUUGUUGCAGUAUCCUCUGCUUGUGGAACUUUUUCGCUCCACGUAUGGAAGUGGCAUUUUCUACAAGCAAAACGAUUUGUUGCUUCAUUAAAUUUAAUAAUUAAUAUUAAUUUGAAUUUUUUCACUUGACCA